AUGAUUAUCUUAAUAAUAAUUGUUUUUCCUUUUUGCACAGUAAGUUCAAUCGUACAAGAUUUGUCUAACAAUGAUUUUGAAUGUUAUCCAUUACCAGAAAUUUUAAUACGCUAUCGUAAAGUGUGUCGAUAUAUAAAUAUGUUAGAAGAAUUCUGCAGUGCUAAUUCAGAACAAUCGUCAUCAGUAUUGUCAUCAAAUGUCGAUGUUAAUCGAAUGUACAUUGCUCAAUAUAAUCAGUAUUCAUUAUUUCAUUCCAUGUCAAAACUACUCGAUCUUUCACUUGUGUGGUUUAAACAGCAUUCAUCAAAGAAUGAUUCUAAUAAUAAUAAUAAUAAUAAAACAGCGGCAGCAUCAUCUAGUGAUAAAAAGGAUGAUUCAAAUGGCAUCAAACCUCCAAAUAAUUGGGAUAUAUUUCGUGAUGGAUGCAAGACUAUUAUGUCCAUACUUCUCAUUCUAACGAAUGAUUGUGAGACUCAUUGCGAUCGUUUAACGUCUGAUGAUCGAUUUUUUUCAAAUCUAUUUCGUCUAUUAGUUACUAUCCAGCAAAGUUCAUUAACUAAUGAAGAGCAAUUCGAUGCAGUUGCCUUGACACUUAACUUGCUCAUCAAUUUAGUAAAAAAUACAAAAGAUGUUUAUAAACAUUUAAUGGAAGAUAAUAUGCCCGGUGGAAGUACCACGAAAAUCUACGAAUAUCUUGCCGAUGUAUUUUGUGAACAAGAAUCUUUAGCGGCUAAAGCUGAGUCUCAAGAAGAAAAUGAUUGGAUGAUGGAAGAUGGUGAGGGCGAUUUAGAUGAACGUUUGGGUAUAAAGAAUCCAAAAAAUAACAACGAAAACGAAGCAAACUUUAAUCUUGCUCUACGAAAAGCAGCUGGCCAUAUGGAAAAUACAUUUGUUGCAGCUUUUUCUGGUAUUAUUCUUGCUGUUGUUUUAUUACGUGAUCGUGCAACAUAUGCAUCACAAAUACGAACAUUGAUGCCACAGAAAAAAUUCGAUACUAUGGCAUUUAUUUUAAAGAAAUUCUUUCUCUUUAUGCAUCUUUCGCAUGCAUUUACACCAUCUGGCGUGAAAACUCUCGAGGAACUUAUAGCAAUGGUCUUGUCAUUAUGUGAUUAA